AUGCUCACCACCCCCCGCCCGCUGCAGUCGCUGCUAGGAUUCCCAUUCGAGGUGCGGGAGUCAGAGCCCCUGGAGAUGUCCAGGGGGGUCUGGGGCCAGAUCAAGGCUCUGGAGACGGAGGUUGCUAUGCUCAGGAGUGCGGCCAACCAGAACAUGAACUCCGGCGGCCCUCCGAACCAGAUACAUCCUACAGACGAGUUCGACAAGUGGAUUUCGCGUGUUCUGGCAGAUGCAAAGGCUAUUCCGCCAGUGCAGACUUACGUCAAAGGCGAAUUCUCUUCGUUCCAUGGGGUGGCAUUCGGCAAAUAUUCAUCUGCAGUCGAGCUGGACGCUGCAGCAGAAGCCGUCCGCAAGGCUUCGCGAGAAUACGGCGGGAAUAAAGUGUUGGUCAAGCCGGAGCAGCCUCUCGAGACAUGGGCGUUGCAGAGCGUCCGAUCUAGAAUCAAGAAGAUGUUGGUCGUGUGGGGUUUUGACAAGAAAAGCCUGUGGGCGGAUGCCUCAACCAUGAGUGCUUCGUGCGGGAGCGACCUCGUAAUCAAAAUGGCCGUGGACAACAAGACGCCGACUCUUGAGUAUGGCCUGGAUUGGGAGAUUUGCUUUCUCACAAACGGCGCGAUUCAGACCGUCACAAGCCUGCUCGACGCGGCGAGGGAGAAGCUGCAGCGAAGCUCUGCUCCAAGCAAGGGCCUCGGCAAAGAACUAAGCAGAGCCGGCUUGUCCGCCAAUGCGCGGAAGACGGAGAUCUUGUCAAUUGAUGUUAACGCUGCAGCAGACGAGGCCCCGCUUUUCCUCGACGCCGGCGGUGGGAUGGUUGAGGCUAUCAAGCAGGACAAGGGCCGAGAGAAGAGGCAGGAGCGAAAACGACAGCAGAACUCUGGCUCCAGGUGCAGCGAGGCGGCGAGCGUGCAGCGCAAGCGGCGGGUGCGCCGGGGCGCAGGGGAGGCGCACGAUGCGGAGACCUGCAAGAGAGGCAGCCAGAAGCACCGCGGGGCGCUGUGCGCCGGCGGCAAGACAAAGACGGGCGGGCCGUCGGGGCUCCAAGCAGUCAUGGCGCGGGGGGGCCUGGAGCAUCCCUGCCUCCAGAGCUGGGCGCUCCGCGGCGGGGGCGCAGUCCACGAGCGAGAGCAGAGAGGCGUGGUCGAGGCACCCGCCCGGGGCGCGGAGGUGGAGCCGCGUGCAUCGGCGCCCGUCCUGUCCUGUCCUGUCCGGGGGGUCGGGCGGCACGGCCGUGAGCGCGAGCGCGUAGCGAUGCCACGUGGUCCUGGAAAAGCCAGCAACUACAGCUUCGACUAUUCGCGCUUCAAUGCUGCGGAGAAGGCGGGUGCCGAAGAGGCGGCGCCGGCGGCGCCCGAGGGCGGCCCGGACAUGCGGGAGCUGCUGAAGAACAUGCCCGGGGAGCUGCAGGAGGCUUACCGGCUAAUGAUGAUCAGUAAGGAGUCCGGCGACAAGGCUGCAGAGGAGCGCGCCAACGAGCUGGCGCUGAUGGCCAUCAGGAGAGGCAGCCCCGAGGUGCAGCAGCAGUUUGUGCAGGAGUUGUCCAAGAAGGACCCCCACUCUACUCAGCGAGACCAGCCGGACCAGCUCGACCAGCAGCACGAGAAGCACAGCGGCGUCUUUGUUUGUGCGCUUUUCCAGUGCGUCGCGCGCCUCCGUGUCAUGGCUUUCCAGAAGCCCCCGCGGAUCAGCCUUGAUCGUUGCAUUGGGCCGCCAUGCGCCCCGCCAGCGUGCGAUCACAUUCGUGCUGAACUUGAGGGGGUGCUGCGGACGGCCCAGUUGGGAAAAGGUCAGGCUACGCAGGAGGGGCUCAAUCGGGCCCACCAGAAAAAGGGGGACCAAGCUGAGAUCGAGCUUUGCAGGCUCACCAACCAGGACAUUCGGCUAGGCCUCCGCGGGGCCAAGCCGAAGAUCAUUUGGAAAAAGUUGAUCGACGCUGACAUGAGGGGCCCGAGGCGCCCCGACCUGUUUGCUGCGCGCUGGCUCCACAAGCGUCUCGUUGUCUUCCUGCAUUCGUUGCAGGUUUUACCUUUGUUCCCGUCCCUCAAGGCGGAUGGCGAGGUGGAGUACAUACCGAUGUGA